AUGGGUGGAAAUCUUGUUGAUUUAGUUGGUGUUUAUGUUAUCAUCUGUGCAACUGUUGGUGUAUUAGUGAGUUGGAUGACAACUAACCAAACACCUAAGGUUGGAAAACCAUACACCAAAUGGAGUGAAGUUCAAGAUGAACAUUUCAUUUACUUUAUUGCUGAACAAGUUAAGUUAGGAAGAACGCAACCAGGAGGCUUAACCACCGAAGGAUGGGAUAGUGUAGAAAAAGAAAUGAACAAGCUAUAUGGGGACAAAUUAGAUAAGACUAAAAUGAAAAAUAGGAUGAGGACUUUGAAGAAGAUAUAUGCUACUAUGAAGAGAAUGUCACAACAUAGUGGAUUUGGGUGGAAUGAAGAAACUCGAAAAGUUGAUGUUGAAGAUGAUGUCUGGGAGCAAUACCUUGCAGCACACCCAAAAGAUUCUAAGUAUAGGACGAAGACGUUGCCAGACUAUAAUACUUUGGCAUUAAUUUUUGGAGAUAUUGUCGCUGAUGGUAGGAAUGGGUGUGAAAUUAAUGAUGUCGAGGAUUUUCAAAGUGAAUUCACCGAUGAUGAUAUAGCUGCUGAAAAAGUUACCAUACCUACUGAAGAUACACAAUUUGUUGACUAGGAUGAUGGAUAUUUUGUUCAG